AUGUUCAGGAACAUCUUCAUCUUCCACUUGUCCUUCUCUGACCUGAUCUUGUCCCUGACAAUCCCCUUCACCGCCCUUGACGCUCUGACCAGCGGAUGGCCGUUGGGUAGUUCACUCUUCGUCUGCAAGAUGGUGAAGUCGACCUCGUGUAUAGCUGUCUUCAUGUCUUCUCUCUCUAUCUUAUCCAUAGCUCUAGACAGAUACUGGGUUAUCUGUAGAUCAACAGCUAAACAGAUUGGAACUACUGGAGCCUGGUGUAUACUUCCAAUAAUCUGCACUACAGCCACCAUCCUCACCUCCCCCCUCCUUUACUCAUCCACCCUCACCAACCUCAAGGAGAUCUUUGCGAUACAGGAAACUCGCUACCAGCUGCCAGAUGACUACAAAGAAGAAUUCUCCAAGAUUUUGAUCUGUUACGAGGACUGGAGUCUCGGAUCUGACGAAGCAACCACUAAACAAGAUCGAAUAUGGUUCACAAUCUACUCAAGCGGUGUUCAGUUUAUUCUACCACUUGUCAUCAUUUCAGUAGUCUACAUAAACAUCUAUCUUUAUCUAAAGGAUCAUAGACUGGCCUCACGAUCUAACAAUGACAGACAAAAACGAACAAAUCACAUUCUUGUGGCAAUAUCUAUAAUUUUCUUUGUCAGUUGGACUCCGUUCAGUGUAUUCUGCAUUAUUAGUGAAUUAUUUGAUAUCUUUGAAGAUUCAGACACGAUGAUCUUGGUUUACUGUAUCUGCCACCUACUAGGAAUGUCGUCUGCUUGCACGAAUCCUAUUCUUUACGGAUUCUUGAACGAAAAGUUUGUUAAGGAAUUGGCAAUGCUGUUCCCCUGUUUGAAGCCCUGUCUAGAAGGCCCACCAGCUAACCCGGCACAAACUUCAACAAAAAACAAUCUAAAAAAAUCUUUACAGCGUUUGACUGCAACCAAAGUUGGAAAUGGGAAGGCUGAAAGUAUAUCUCUACAGUCUAUGGAGAAGAAUCAACCAUCCAACGGAGUAAAGAAAACAAACGUUCUCACUGUCCAAGCUGUUAAUGACGGUGUAUCCUGUGCCGAGGAAACCGGUUUUACGCAGAUAAAUCACAUGACCAACAAUCCACUCAUACAGAUAGAAACAAGGGAUUUAGCUGUAGUGUUGAACGCCCAGACUGAAAAGAUCAACGUUUGCAUCCAACAGAAUGAGCUAACAACAAUGAAUGAUAGUAAUUGCAAUGCUGAAAGCCAGUUUGGAUGGAACAGAAAUACUAGAGUUUACCAGAUCUGAAUAGUUUCAUCAGUUCUUCACCAGACUCUGGUUCAUUCCAACAGAAAUACUAGAGUUUACCAGAUCUGAAUAGUUUCAUCAGUUCUUCACCAAACUCUGGUGGAUUCCAACUACCGGGCCGAUUUACAAGCAGUACACCACACAUACAGACUAUAUAAAGCAAAAAUUAUGAUGGUGAACUAAAUGUUUCAUGUCCUGAACCAUAAACCAAAAUUCUGCCAAAAAAUCAAAAGAAAAAUCAGGAAAUCUGGGAUUCCAAAAAUAUCAAUCAGGAAUAUUAUUAGUAAAUACUUGUAACUUUAAGACACCUUCAGACCCUGUAAUCGAUAUCAAAAAUUAAUAAAUAAAUGUGUUUUGGUUAA